AUGAGUGAGGAUGUAUAUGAGGUCCCUGAGGGGGCGGAGUAUCGUUAUCUAGUGCAGGACGAAGAAGAGGAACAGAUACAGUACGUCCGUCGCAACUAUGUCAGUCCAUUCCUGGUGGUGUCGCGUAGGUGCAUGUUCUUCAUCGGCUGUGGCGUGAUCGCGCUCCUCUCUCUUGCGGGAUACCUGGCUUACGUGGCUGUGACUCCGCCUCCCAAAGUGGCAGAGGUGAAGACGGAGUGUGGUUGGCUGCGUGGGAGCUGGAAAGGUGGAGCUUAUUCUUUUAAAGGCAUCCCAUAUGCCGUACCCCCUGUGGGUGAACGUCGCUGGCGACCCCCGGCGGACCUAAUGGAGGCGGGACAGUGUUGGAAGGGCAUGUACGAUGCAACUCAAUUUCGUAGCAUCUGUGCGCAGGUGCAGCCCCUCCGAAAAGACGGAAAGGUCAUGGGACAGGAGGACUGUCUGCAUCUCAGCGUGUGGACGCCGAGUCUAAAGCCCACCAAACCACUGCCUGUCAUGGUAUGGAUCCACGGAGGGUACCUCCACAUGCUGAGUGGCCAGGAGAGAGGAUACUCACCCACUGAAGAGCUGGCGGCCCGCACGCAGACAGUGUACAUCAGUCUGAAUUACAGGCUCAAUGCUUUCGGCUUCAUGGCCCUGGAGGUGCUUAGGGAAGGAUCUCCCACCAAUUCCUCAGGGAAUUAUGGCUUCAUGGACCAGAUCCAAGCACUUCAGUGGGUCCAGAGAAAUAUCCAUAACUUCGGUGGUGAUGCUGGAAGGGUCACCAUAUUUGGUCAAAGCUCAGGAGGAACUUCGGUUUGGACCUUGAUGAUGUCUCCACUUGCCAAGGGACUCUUUCAUCGCGCGAUUGACAUGAGCGGCUCAUAUGUGUAUAAUGCUUCCCUGGAGUCAGCAGAAAAAGUCAACUUCAAAUUCCUGCAGAGAACUCGCUGCGAAAACGCCAUCUGCCUGAGAGAACUAAAUAUCACUCAAGUCCUUCAGGCAAUCCCGUGGCAGGAGUACCCAUCAUGGGCAGCCGAUGAAUUAGCCGAUCUUCCAGUCAAAGGUGUUUUUCUUGGUCCGGUAGCAGUAGUUGACAACUAUGUUCUCAAAGCUCCUCCGUUUGAAUCCUGGGAGAAGGGUGGAGCCGGAGCCUAUAAUGACGUCCCAUUUGUGGUCGGAACAACUGAACAGGAGACUGAUUUUAGUCCUCCAUAUGAAAACAUCUCAACAUGGACUUGGGGAGACUAUCGGUGGAUUGUGACAAAUAAACUGACCCCUUUCGGAGAGGCCCUGACCAAUCAGACACUGAAUCUGUACAAUAGUUCAGCUCCGUGUCCAACCUCUGACCGAUGUCCAGAGAGACUCUUCACCACCAUGGUCUCUGACAUGAGGGCCACCUGUCCCAGGAACGACCUGGCUAAGAGAGCUGCAGGAGCCUUAAAGAGUCCAGUGUACCGUUAUCUGGUGACUUACACUCCAUCAAAACAGGCAAACCCCUCCAGCUUUCUUCCCUUCCCCAGUCGCUUUGCCUUUCAUCUUCUAGACAGCCUGGCCUUCUUCGGGGGUCUUGAAAUGGUGCUGGGGACCCUGUCACCGGCUGAUAUCAGCUUCCAGGAAAUGAUCACCAAGUAUUUUGUACAUUUUGCCAAAGAGGGUAGGAUGCCCGAGGAGUGGCCGGAGUUCCCCUCACGCGUCGCCCUGCUGGACAAGAACAUUUCCUUCGUAACAAACUACUCUCGCGAGAGGUGUGACCUCUGGGAAAAGAAUGGCUUCUUCUCAUACGCCUGGAUCAACUGAGCCACAUCACUGGUUACAUCAAUCCAUCCACUGCAUUUUCAUCUGACAGCGUGACACCGGCCAAGCUUUACUGCGUGAUUAUUCAGCACUGAUAUAUCUGAGAAGACUUUGCAGAGUAUGGAAUGUAUUUUGCACAGUUGUUUGCACCUACAGAAAAAUAGGUCAGUUUCUAUAGGAAAGGAAAUCACAGAGAUCUCUUGUGUCUCAAUAGUUUCUCCUAGACCGCAAUGAGCUCAAACAGAGACUCAGAUCCAUCUAAUGUUGAAAGUCUAUAAAGUUACAUAUCUAUUUUUUUCCAAGAUCAAAUUAUCAGAGCUAUUUUGUAGCUCGGUUUUCUUACUGCAUAUCAAAAUAUAUUCUUUAUUUUGGGAUAAACAUCUGAGACAAACUGAAAGGGGAUAAAGGGAUUCUUCACCAAAAUGUGUUUUGUCCAUAAAUCUAUUAUUCAGGAUUUUUCUUGUUUGUUUGUAACACUAAUCGGCUCCAUUCAUAUAUUUACCGAAUAUAGCCAGUCUGCUGUUUCUAAACCUGUUAUUCUUUGAUUGUGUGCCUAAGUAAAUCUAAAGCUUUGACAUGGAGAGGAAGCCAGGGAUACAAAGGGAUAAUGCGACUCUCUUAUCGCCCUCUUUUAAUUUAACUGCUGUGCAAAAAAGACUGAAGGAGGUUUUAUGCUUACAUUGAUCUUUUGUUUGUAUGUAGAUGCAUUAACAGAUGUUUUUGUACCUGUGAUCAAAGGGUCUUCUAGCACUCCUGAGCAGACUUAAGAGUAAGAAACAUCGUAACGUCUUCACAUACAGUCUGAACCGGGAACUGUUGUGUUUUUAUAACAGCCCCAUUUCUCUGGCACAGCUGAAUGAAUGCAGAGGUCAGAGGUCGUUCCGCCCCUGUGCAACAGGACGAAAGACAUCCGCUGAAAAAGAGCACAAGAAAGCCCUGACCCACAUACAGACUCCUUUUUAACCCUGUAAAGCCUGACAUAUUAAAUAAGUGCAAAAAUAAGAUUUUUUUUUUUUUGGAAGUUUAUUUAAUGUUUAGACAAUCUUUUUUUUUUUUCUUUUUAAGUUUGACAUUUUUUACGAAUACAUGAAAAUAUUUAGCUCAUACUCCAAAAAGAAACACCCGUUUUAUUCAGAGGCUCAAACUGAUCAAUUAAGAGGGAAUUAUGACACAGAAGGCUUUAUAAGGUUAACAUCAGCGAGGCCAAUCCUCUACUCGUUUUAUUUUUUAUUAAGGUUCAACUGUAAACACUCACUCACUGUGUGCACUAAUUAUUCCAUUACCACUCUUGUUCGUUUUGCACUUUAUCUUAAUCCUUGUGUCAUAAAAUGAUUGUUGGGUUUAUUGAAUGAAAGUCUUAAACGGCUGUUGUGGGGGAUUUCAAUCUUUAUUCUCACAAAUCUCAAUAGAUUCUUCUCAACAGGCUACAAUAAAUAGCUUUUAUUUCA